AUGCUUCACUGUGCCCUAAAGGAGGCUAGAACAAAAUAUAGGCACAAUUGGAUCAGCGCAAGUCACGACCUCCAGUGCAACCCAGACAGAUCACCGGAUCCUGAACCAGAGAAUAUAAUGGAGCUCCCUGAAGGAACACUGACCAUAUAUAAAAAACAAAAAUCAACCCAAGAAGAACAAGACAAACAGUCCCUUGUACAAACUCCAAGGUCCCAAAACUUGUGGAGAAAACCAAAGAGGAAGAAGAGCACACCGAUAGGAAAUCCAAAGCAACUUGUGGUUGCUGAUGACAACGAUGAUAAAAAGCCCAAAAAGAAAUGA